AUGUAUAUCAUAUGUUUAGUCGCACUUGUUCACUGUUCAAAAAAAUUUCAUCGCUAUUUGAUAAAAUCCUACGAUAAUCGAAAUGCACUUAUGAAAAUGAGCAUGAAUUUCAACGUCAGAGUUACUGAGGAAAGUUUAAAUGCUCCUUUUUUGUCGGAUUCUGUGGUAGCAGAAGUUGAAGAAGUUCAGAAAAUUUUCGCAAAAAUAAAAAUGCACGGCAUGUAUCUGUGCAAAUCGGACGAAAGUAGCAACGUGAUGGGACUGUCUAUUUAUUCAGAGGACAAUUGUCUUUGGAAAGUAGAUCCAAUCUCGAAGGAUGGUGGCGUAAUGCUGAAGAUAGGAGGAAACUUUCUGGUAAAAACAGGUGAAAUGGAUAACAGAGAGUCCUCACAAGGCUACAAAUUGAGAUUGGUGCCAUUCGCCACGGCUGAUAAUGGUGGGUGGGUCAUGGAAAAAUAUAGACCAUACAGGAAUGAGGGAACCGACAAAGAUGAUGUUUACUCCAGUUCGUCCGAUAGUGAUGAUAGCGACAGCGAAGCGGAACAACCACCAAAGAAAACCAGUGUUAUAAUAGGCGUGGAGAAAAAGUUAAGACCCGACGAAAAGAAGAAGUACCAUUUAAAGUAG